GAAAGCACGGUCACUCUGGUCAAAGUAACGGUGUUUUGUUUUCUGCGUAGGAAAAUAUUGUACAUUUUGUUUGCUUUUUCUAUUGGGUUUUUAACAAUUUUAUUUAAGUUUUUGUAAAAAUGGCGCAAACACGAGUUAUUGUUUAUCUUAACCAAACACAAAAUGAAAAAGAAUCAUCUGAUGUAGUGAAAAAAGAUUCUUUCCAAUAUGGCGGCGAAGUAAGCAUAUUGGAUGAUAAAACUUUGCGACUCUUGUGCAGCCAGAACUCGUGCAAGCCUCAAGUGUUUGUGGCACAGAAACUGCGCUUUGAUAUGCUCUCUUCCCAAAAAAUAGAGGAGCACAAGGAGCGUGAACUAAUCACAGUGCUUCAGACUCUAUUUGUGGAUCAAAAAGACUGUCUGCUUAUGCAUCUGACUGCUGAGCGUGGCUAUCAUUUGAUGUUUCUAGUCGAUGCGCUCAUCAUUCAAGUCAAUGUGAAACUUCAGCAGGAAUCCUUGCAAUUGGAAAAUUGCGCUAUACAUUACAAACAUCUGGUAGAAGGAGCCAGUCCCAAUGGCUUGGACACACAAUGUAAUUUCGGUAACAUAAGACAGCUGAUGAGUUGGCUACUGACUGAGUAUCGGAUGCGCACGGCUGUAGCCAUGGGUCAUGAGGCACUGGAAGUGCAAUAUGUGGUGGCAAGUGAAGAGCACGGUACUCGCUUCAAAGUUAAGUUUCACAUUCUGCUUGUAGCUAUGGAGGAGAUGUGCAUGGGCACUCUGUGUGGUUUGCGGUGCUAUUUAAGCCAUGACCCUCUCACGGCCGCCCUUUCAGUCACAGAAUUGACGACGUACAUACGUCAAGCGGCUGAAGCGAACACCAGUAAGCCUCUAUAUAUGCUUUUGAUGUGCCAUGUGCUGGUCACAGGCUGCCAGGUGAAUUGCAAAAAUGUUCAGCUGCUUUCCUUGGCGCACUUAGCCUACAAACAACAAGACUCUAACCAGGACAGAAUAGAGACUGUUAACAUGCCUACGGCGGGUAACUUGCCCAAAAGCGAUGCUCUGCUGCAACUAAAAGAUUUUGAGCACUGCCACCGGGAAAUUAACGAAUGUUUUCAAUCACUGCAUGACCAACUGUUGACGUAUGUGCAGCAGGAACAGCAAUUGAGACAUACACACCGCCAGAUUUUAAAAGACCGCACUCAAUUUUUUGCUACUUUGAGUGCUUCCGAGAUGAAAUUGAAGCAAUUGAGGAACCUAAUAGGCAACAGCAUCCAUAACUAAUUAUGAUGUUACGUAUGCUGUUUUUUUAAUAUUGUCCAACCUUGUGUAAAUUAUAAUGUCGUAGCA